AUCCAUCAUUACGUGUGCCCUACUGACAAACAAAGGUGAAACGCCAGACCUGCAGAAGUGACGUCUGGGCUUCAAGUUGUUUCCGACCUGGCGGAUGAGGAUGGCUUGCCUUAAUCUGGCCAUUUUAACCGUCCUGUCUCUUCUAUUCGCUAUUGCUGUUUGCCAAAAAUGCCCCAAACAUGGCGAGACCAGGAAAGCCGAUCCCAACAACAACUGUAGGUAUCUCCUCUGUAGAGAAGGAAAGGGACGGUGGUACACCUGCCCGCAAGGGAAGAUCUUCAGCGAGAGCGAACAGUGCUGCGUGUGGCCGAGCAAGUCUUCUUCUGUAACUAAGUCAAACAAGAACUCUGGAAAUGCUAAGAAAUCGAAGAAUGUAAACAGUGGAAAUAGCAAGAAGCAAAACUCGGGGUCAUCCUCUACUGGAAAUUCCGCAUCUGGAAAUGGGAAAUAUGUGGCAGAUUACCAUUGGUAAUUGUGGUCACAACACUUUGGUCUAUAAUUAAAGAAUAUACCAAUAUAGUUCUAUUUUUUCAGAGCUCAAAA